AAGGAAUAUAAUUACAAUAUUCAUGUGCUCAUUUUCUGUUCAUCAACUGAAGUAUCUUCAUUUACCAUGUUAUUUACAUGUUCUUCGUACAGUUUAAGACUCCGGGAGUCCGGGAAAAGGUGUAGUAUACAAAAACUGAAACCAGAUGGAGAAUUCCACAUGAAAAAACCCGUAAUGGCUUUCUAUCUGACUCCUGUAACUUUGCCCAGGACCGGAGGAGAGCUCUGACCCUCUCACCUGAGCUCAAAUGGGACAGCUGUCAGACUGAAGGUCCUCUUAAGAUCUCAAGGAGAGUUUCCACAGCUGAGGAUGAGUGUGUGGAUAAAGAGAUGUCAAAAGAUCGGAAAAAGAGCCACUCCAAGAUGGACACAACUGGCCUCAAAUGGUACAUCCUCACAGUCAGAUCCAAAAUCACAAAAAAACAUUGAUCAAUGGCAGGAAAUCUACAGCCGUCAGGUCAUGGUGGUCUUAGAAGAUGUCCUUCAGACAGAGAUUGGGCAGAGAUUGCUAAAAUGUGGUGGGCAGAGCUGCCUAAAGAUGAACCAUUUAAAGAGCAAAAAGCAGAAUGAUCACACCUCAACAGCUGUGCUCAAAGACAAGAGGAGAACCAGUCAAACAAAAAGAGAAGAAAUAGACUCUGCUCGACCAAAAGGCACUUCACCAUCCCAUGAUCAGACUGAAUCAUCUGCUGAAAAUGAAUCACGUCUACACAAAGAAAUCCAGAAUCCAGUAUCCAAACGACUGAACUCAUCACUGAAACUAUUAGAGGCAUCUGAAGUAUCAGGUAACUCUUGUUCACACAGAGAAAGUGAACAACUGCCUAAACAUACCAAACCAUCUACUUUUGAAGAAAAUGAAGUAUUACUUCAAGGAUCUCCACAGUGUGAGGAAGCAUUUUCCUCUAUAUGUGAAUCUAUACCACCGUUAGCAACGAGUGGUAGUCUGAAAGAGGAAAAAUCAGCUUGCGAGCAUCUACCCAAUAAGAAAGAAAGGAGAGAAACACAAGAGUGCCCAAAAUAUGCUUCAGAAGAUGGAGAGGUUGUGCAGGAAGUGGAUGGAAGAAGAAGUGUGUUAUGUCUCUCAGUCGGGGCUGACGGGGAGAUCCCGGUCAAAAGAUGUCGUAUGGACAGCCUUUCAGAUGAACAUGUUCCCAACUCAGACCCCGCCUCUGGGAUAACAGAGGGGCGGAGUUUCAUCAUAGAGUCUAUUGUUCUGUCCAGUGAAGAGGAAGAGGAAGAGGAAGGAGAGGAAAGAAAAGAGUGGGAAGCCUCUGCCCAAAAUAUCCAGCCACUGGAGGGAGCAAAAGACAUGAAUAUAGUUGAUAAAUUGAGUUCUGCUGAGAUGGAGCUGCAGCUGUCUUCCCUGCACAUGGGUGGAGUUAGUGCAGCUUGUGAGAGUAUGAAGAUCACUACAGACAAGAUCACCUUUUCAUUUAAAGAUUCAUCAGUGAACAUUUCUAUAUUGACGGCUAGUGUGUGUAAAUACAGUGUAUGGGAGGAGCCUGUACUGAAGGGGUGUGGCCUGGUUAAGGACAAUGAGGUCCCACCCCCUUGCCUAGUCUUCCUUUGGCUGUCUGAAGCCCAGGCACACCAAUUACACAAUGAUCUGUCCGUCAUCCUGCCAGGCACAUGUCCAGCUGAAAGCAGUAUGUGUGUGUUGCUGUGUUUGGAUAAACCUGUAACUGGGUUUGAAAGUGCUGUCUUGGCCUCUUUAAUGGACAUAGUGGGUUUGAACCAGAACAGCUCUGAACUCCACUCCCCCCUCACACAGCCAGAAAUCCUGAAACUGCUCCAGAGCUCCCAGGAAACACACCUUCUCCGACUGCUGAUGCCAGAAACUGAUCCUCAAGCCAGUACUGAUGCACAUGCAGCUAGAUAUGCUGUGAAGGAUUCUGAAGUUCAGUUGAAGCCAGUUUACACGCUGUGCAACAGAAGAGCUCAAGGUUCAUACAGUGUCACAUUGGCACCUACACUCGGGGCAGAAUGGACACCGUACCAACACUGUGGUUCAGCACGCAGAUUGAUUCAGUUCCCUCCUCCACCCUCCAAAGGAGCCAUCACCGUGACGACAGAGGACCUGGAGUGUUUAGACAGUGGCGAGUUUCUCAAUGAUGUCAUUAUCGACUUCUACCUCAAGUAUCUUUUGGUGCAAAGGGCCCCGCAAGCAUCUGUAGACAGAUCUCAUGUUUUCAGCAGUUUUUUCUAUAAGCAGCUGACACGCAGAGACAAUGCUAAUGAGGACAAUACAAGCACACAAGCUCAGGUCAGAAGACAUCAGCUUGUGAGGACAUGGACGCGCCAUGUAGACAUUUUCGACAAAGACUUCCUGUUUGUGCCUGUCAAUCAAGAAGCUCACUGGUACCUCGUGGUGAUCUGUUUCCCCGGAUUAGAAGAGCCACAGUAUGUGAAGAGGGAUGGCAGUGUCUUUGUACGGGGCGAUGGAGGUGAAGGUUUGGGUGAGUCUGAGGGUGAGAUCCAUGGAGAGAAUAGAUCCAGCAGUGAUGAGGACAAAGAUGACAGUCAUAUAAAGACAAGCAAAUCUCUUCAUCUUCCUGACUGUACGGAAAAUACCUGCAGGAGACAAAUUGUGUGUAAAAGACCAUGUAUUCUCAUCAUGGAUUCUCUGAAGUUGUCUGUUCACGAACGUAUCUUCAAACUCUUGCGCGAAUACCUUCAGGUGGAGUGGAUGACAAAAAGAGGUGGUUACCGGGAAUUUAGUGUUGAAAACAUGAUAGGUUCCCACUCUAGAGUCCCCCUACAGGACAACAGCAGUGACUGCGGCCUUUACCUGCUACAGUAUGCAGAAAGCUUUUUGCAGGACCCUGUUUUACACUUUGACUUGCCAUUGAGAUUGGAUAACUGGUUUUCACAGCAAAAGGUGCGAGGUAAACGGGAGGAGAUUCGAGACCUGAUCCUACACCUGUACAGAUUUCAGCAAGGCUCUCUGGGAAAUGAAGCUCUAGAAGAUAGGACAGAUUAUGGAAAUGUCAUUCAGUGAAGCUUUUAGAUUCACAUGAUUAUUUAAUGCUAUAAUAUAUUUAUAUUUUAACUGUUUCAAAACCUUUUAUAUAAAUAGUAGGCCUUUUUAUACAUUGCUGGAAAAACUUUAAAAAGAAAUAAAAGCAGAUAAAAUGAUGAAA